UUCACGGUGAUAACUGCGCACUCUUCUCCUCGAGAAUGUCGAACGCGUCUAAAAUCACUUUCGGUUUAUGUUGCAUGACGUCCGUCGGAAUAAUAGGCUACGUGCAUUACAAGCAGUCUUACGACAGGCAGCAGCUACACUUGGGUGUGAUACGCGAUAUCGAACGACGAGAGCGCCGAAAGGCAGAAAAUGUCUACAUUCUGCAGCAGCAAGCCGAGUUAGCCAAGAAACUGCGCAGGCAAGAGACACUACGAAAGAACGAUACGUGACGAUUAAUGCGCGUAGUUGUUAGUCUGUUACUCGAGCAUUUUCAUAAGGAAUAAAAGAGCCGUGUGUAAAGUA